AUGGGGCCGUAUGGCAUGGGCUUCCCCCAGAAUGGGAUCGACAAUCACGGCUGGCAGAUGUCCAUCACCGCUGUGGUAAUGAUCAUCCUCGCAGGCCUGUUCGUGAUCGCCCGCUGUACAACCCGCAUUUGGAUGCUGGGCAAAAUCGGCUGGGAUGAUGUCGCUAUCAUCGUCUCAUUGGGCUUCUCCGUGGUGCUCUCCACGAUGAUGUGCCUCGCCAUCUCGAAUGGCUAUGGUAUGCACAAGGCCGACCUCACAAAGGCCGAGCUCAGAACGACCUUGAGGCAGUUCUUCAUCGCCCAGACGCCCUACAAGAUCACCGUCGGCCUCAACAAAGUAGCCAUCGUCCUGUUCUGCCUUGGCAUUUUCGUCACCCGGAGCUUUCGCAUUGCCGCCUACGUGGUGCUCUCCAUCAUCACCGCAUGGACUAUUGCCACGGUCGGCGCGACAAUCGGCCAGUGCGUGCCCAUUCAAGGAGCGUGGGACAAGUCUAUCAAGGCGACAUGCAUUGAUUCGGACCAAUUCUGGAUCGCCUAUGCGGUCGGCAACAUCGUGACCGAUGUCAUGGUCCUGGCACUCCCUAUUCCUUCCAUCCUAAGGCUGAAGCUGAGCGUGCGGGACAAGAUGCUGCUCUGCGGCAUCUUCUGCCUUGGUGGCUUCAAGGAAGCUAACCUUCAUAUCACAUCCAGUGUGACCAUCGCCUCCAUCAUCCGAGUCACAUCGGUGCAGAACUCGCUCAAGAACAAAGACGAUCUUACAUUCAACUUCAUCCCGCGCGGAAUCUGGACCCUCGUCGAGGCGAACCUCGGCAUCAUCUGCUCGUGUCUCCCGGUGCUCAAGAAGCCCCUGGGUCGCAUGUUCCCUCGCCUGUUCGGUUCAACCAAGAACAGCUCGGCGUACUACUUGGACAACCCACGCCAAGGCAGAGGCUACAACCUGUCGCAUCUCUCAAACCCCGACUCCACCCCCGAAAUGUGGCGAGGACAAGGCAAGAGCCGCCAGACUACCUCCGUCUCCGGCCCGGCGAAGCCAGACCCAGGACGGAAGAGCGACGAACAAUACAUCUUCACCGCUGACUCGACAAAAGGGAGCGUGGGAGGUCGUGACAGCGAUGGCGAAACUACGGGGCCGUGCAAGACGGGUGGUAUUUCAAAGCGUGUAGACUUGGUUAGGACAUCAUUUCACGAGGAGCCAAAGCCGGUUGUGUAA